AGGAUUAUCAGAGAUCUACACGAUGCUGUAACAGAAUUGGCAAAGGAGUACAAGGAGAAUGGCGAGCCCAUUACAGAUGACAGCUCCAACCUGCACAAGUUCUCUUACAAACUGGAGUACCUGCUUCAGCAAUCCAAAAUCAAUUGCUUAAAAUGACUGGCAUCUUGUUGCUCUGAACCCCAUCAUCAGCAAAUGCUUUGAGAGACUAAUCUGAGAUUACAUCUGCUCUGUCCUGCCUGCCUGCCUGCCUCACUGGACUCACUGCAGUUUGCUUACCUCAACAACCGCUCCACUGAUGAUGCCAUUGUACUUACACUACACACUGCUAUCUCCCACCUGGAAAAAAUGAACACAUAUGUGAGAAUGCUGUUUGUAGACUACAGCUCAGCAUUCAACACCAUAGUGCCCUCCAAGCUUGAUGUGAGGCUCUGGGCUUAAACAGCUUGCUGUGCAGCUGGAUCCUGGACUUCCUGUCAGGCAGACGCCAAGUGGUCAGAAUGGGCAGUAACAUCUCAUCACUAACCCUCAACACUGGAGCCCUGCAGGGAUGUGUUCUCAGCCCACUCCUCUAUUACCUAUGACUGUGUGGCAACACACAGCUCCAAUGCUAUCAAGUUCACUGAUGAUACGAAGGUGGUAGGUCUGAUCAUUGACAAUGAUGAAACAGCCUACAGAGAGGAGGUGCACACUCUGACAUGCUGGUGUCAGGAGCACAACCUCUCCCACAACAUCAGAAAGACCAAGGAGCUUGUAGUGGACUUCAGGAGGAAAAGACAGAGAACACAGUCCCAUCACCAUCAAUGGAGCACCGGUGGAGAGGGUCAGCAGCUUCAAGUUCCUCAGUGUUCACAUCACUGAGGAACUUACAUGGUCUGUCCACACAGAGGCCGUUGUGAAGAAGGCUCACCAGUGCCUUUUCCUGAGACGGCUGAGGAAGUUUCGAAUGAACCACUGCAUCCUCACUCUACCAGCAGUGUAGAGAGCAUCCUGACUGGCUGCAUCACUGCCUGGUACGGCAACAGCACCACCCUCAACCGCAAAGCCCUGCAAAGAGUGGUGCGAACAGCCAGACACAUCAUUGGAGUUGAGCUUCCCUCCCUCCAGGACAUCUAUACCAGGCGGUGUGUAAAAAAAAGCUUGAAGAAACAUCAGAGACUCCAGCCACCUGAGCCAUGGGCUGCUCUCACUGCUGCCAUCAGGCAGGCGGUAUCGCAGCAUCAGGACCUGCACCAGUCGACUUCAUGACAGCUGCUUCCCCCAAGCAAUCAGACUUUUGAACUCUUGAUCUCUCACGAUCAAUAUACAUCAGCACUGCACUUUAUUAAUCUCACACUGGACUCUCAUAAAUUAUAUUUUCUCUUGACAACACACUGGCAACUGACUAUCAACCAACAGCCUGAAUGUCAAUACAACACAGUACAUUCCACUGUAUAUUUUAUAUAUAUUUAUUGUAUACUGUUUAUUCUAUAUUGUGUGUAUUGUAUACUGUACAUUGUAUAUUAUUAUUUGUAUAUUGUGUUGUGUGUAAUUAUGUGUAUAUUAGUUUUGUAAAUUGUGUUGUGUAAAUCUGAUGGUAUAUGUCUCAUCAUUGUCAUGACUGCAGUGUUGCUCAGAAUUGCACCCAAGACUUUCACCCACUGGUGCACUUGUGUAUAUGGUUGAGUGAAAAUAAAGUGAUUUGAUCUACUGCUGUAGUUUAAAUUAUGAGAGAGCCAAAGCCAAAAAAAGAAAUAACUUUCACAUAUCAAUUAGUUGGAUGAAUUUAUGUAAAUUGCGUCACUUAAUUUUUUUGAGAUUAGUGGUUGACUGAUAUGGGAUUUUUAUCACACAAUUUAAUAUAGUAAAUAACACAAACUUAAAAUUGCUCAAAAAAAUUAUAAUAAACUCUUAUUUAGCACUAUAUUUACUCAAUUUCACACAAAACUUUGUAAAAAAGAAUCAAAAAAAAUAAUAUUGUAUUUUAAAUGGUAGAUAGCUGCAAUACAAUUUUUGUAAUUUAGUAGCACAUGAAGAAAUUGUUCAUAUAUUAGCAAGAAGGAAAUAACAGUACACACAGUAGUCCAGCAACCAUGCAUGGCAUGUCCACGUUAGCAAUCGCAUUUUCUAAAAAAAUACAGAAUCAAACCAAUUGUACAUACAGUGCCUAGUGAAUAAGACAUUAACUUAUAGCACACGUGAAGCGCUUUUACCUUGAAGUUGCACCAGAGAAUAUUUAGCAGAGACAGGCCACUUCUAUUAAAAUUAAUGGGAGAAAUAAGAACGCCCAACUGCAGCCAGUGGUCAACGGAUAUAGAUAGGAAAUCCAGCCUUACAGGUAACAGAGCCAAUCACCUUUUAGAUACAGACAUCGCCUGUCAAUCAACUUGAGGCAUAAUGCAUGCGCAUUAGCAAUAAAAGCUGGGAAAAUUUAGUUUUUUAGCGUAAUCUGAGGUAAAGAAGCACCAUUUAUGAUACAAGUGUUGUCAGAUUUUACUGCUGAUUUGAAAUAUGUUCUUUGAUCGUAAUCUUGACCAACUGUUUUGGAGAUUUCAGUCUUUCCCCAUUCAAGUAGAUAGGAGCUGCACUGUCAUGACUGGAAAUAGCCUCCUGAGAUCGUUCCAAUCAUGGCGGACAGUGGACUGACUUGCUAGAAAGACUUUGGUUGCACUCACAUGCUCGUGCGGAUCCAGUGAGCAGCAGCAAUCUCCUGACAGUUUAAACAGCCUGGAUGGCCUGCUUGGAAUGUGACCACUGACCAUCAUGAUUUGUGAAUCAGAGGAACUUUUGAUCCUGAUCCUGAAGUUUUGAUUCUGGCUAAUAGAAUACGCGCUUCAGAGGAAGAUGUUAGAUGAGCACUCGACAAGAAGAAAAUGCUGGAUUUUCGUGAGAACAGAAAGUUAAUAGUGACAGGGAACUGUUGAGGAGAGGCUGAUGUAAUACGUGCUUCAGAGUUUGACCAGAAGGAGAAAACGACAUUUCUGGGUUCGAGAAAAGACUACUGGGAUUAUUUCAGUGAUUGUCUGGCUAAAAUUAAAGGAGCAAACGAUGGAAUUCGCUUUGUUAAAUCUAUUGUAGAGCUGAAGACAUCUCUGGGAAAAGGCAGAGCAUUUAUUCGUUACUCUCUCGUACACCAGCGACUCGCUGACACCCUUCAACAGUGCCUUAUGAACCAGAGGGUCACCAGUGACUGGUAUAAUUCCCGUAGUCCAUUUCUGAAACCCCAUCUCAGUGUGGAUAUCAUUAAUUACCUCUACGAGCUUAACGAUAUUCAAUUUGAUGUGGCUUCCCGGGGUCAUGACCUCGAUGCAGCGUGGCCCACUUUUGCAAGGAGGACACUGGGUAUGACUAGCUCUCCGAGUCACAUGUGGAAACCACCGAGUCGUAGUUCCAGCAUCAACAGUCUGGCCAGCACAUACUCACAGCAGGCUCAUGAGUUUCCUGGUAGCCCAGACUUUGGACCUGGGCUUCUAUCUGACAUAUCUAUGCAAAACUCCAGGGGACUAAAUGAUUCUUCAGUUUGUACUGUAGAUGAACUCCGCCUGGAGCUAGACCGGCCUGAACUAAAGCAAAGAGAGCUACUUGACAAGGUGCAGCAGUUAGGUGGAGAGGCAACUGAACUCUGUGGAGUUGUGGUGGAACUCCAAAGGCAGCUGGACGUGUCUCUGACUGCCCAAGCCAACCAUCAGGAGCUCCAGCAGAACCUGCAGUUGCUAGCUGAGAGAGAACAAGCCCUAUCUAAUGAGCUGGAGGUCUUGAGAGAACGCGAGAACAUCAGAGAAUCUUCCCAUAGGGACCUCCAGGACAUGUUGGUGGCAGCAGAGCGGAAAAAUGAGGAAUUAAUGUCUAAGCUAGAUGGAGUACUGAAUGAAAAAGGGCAGAGGGCUGCCAGCGACUUCAGCUCCGCCCAGAAGAUUCAUGAGCUUUUAAAUGAAUUGAAGGAGUCAGAAAGAGGGAGGAUCAAAGCUCUUGCAGAAGGAGAAGAGAGGAGGCAGCAGGCAGAGCGUUUGGCUGAGGAGGUCAUAAUUAAGGAUGAAGCCCUCAAAGAGGCAGAGACAAAAAGAGUUAGUUUGAUGGAGAAAGGUGAAAAACUGCAGACAAGGGUAGACGAACAGUGUAAUGUCAUAGACAAACUCCAGGGGGCACUUGCAGUGCGAGAGAAAGAAACCAGUAACUUGCAGAGGCAACUGCAAGAUCUUCAGCACACUCUGGAAACCAUGGAAAAGCAGACCAAAGAUGAGAAGAAAAGAAUGCAAGAGGAUAAAGAAGACCUUAAGAAAAUAAUGAGUGGUCUUGAUGGACAGCUCCAAACCCUACAGACACAGCUGAAGACAAAAGAAACUGAGCUUCUCUCCAGUUCCAAGAAGGUCAAGUUUCUGGAGACAGAAUCAGAGAAGCUUAAGAGCGAGAAACAGAGUCUGGGUGAGACUGGUACGAAACUGGAGACUAGUGUCAAAGACCAGGCUAAGAAGAUUGAAGAAUUCAAAGAUAGGGUUGAUGAGCUUAUGGAGCAAAACAGCAAGCUUCUCCAGACAGUAAAGGGGAAUGAGGAGACCACAAAGGAGUUAAUCGAAAACAAAUCUGCAUUGGAGGGCGAGCUGGCUGGAUUGAGGGCUUCAGAGAAGCAGUUGCGAGCACAGAUCAAUAACGCCAAAGUGUCCGUGGAUGAAAGAGUGCAGUGCAUGCGAGAUAAGAUCAGGAGUCUGGAAGAAAGGCUGCAUAAAGCCAACAUGCAGUUGGAGGUAUCGGAGCGUUCAGUCCGUAAACUGCAGCAGGAGAAUAAGGACCUCCUGGAGGUUCAGAUUACUCUUAAAGCGGCUCUCGCGACCAUGCAGGAGGAGGAACGUAACAUUCACAGGCAAAUUGCUGAACUUGAGACAAGUCUUGGAGCCACAAGAUGUCAUGAGGCAAACCUGGCUGCACAGCUUAAAGAUAGGGAUUCCCAGUUGGAGGACAGGGAGAAGCUCUGUGAGGAGCUCCAGAGAAGGGUGGAAGAACUUGAAGCUCGGGAGAAGGAGUUGGAAGUGGGGAAGAUGGAGGCAGAGAGAGACUUUGUUAAACAAACAGAGGUAACGAAGAGUCUGGAGGUCCAGAGGAAAGCUGCGGAGAAGGUCCAACUUGAGCAAAGCUCAAAUCAGGCUAGAGAAACCCAGGAGAUGGCUUCAAAGGUGACUCUUCUUGAGGAUCAACUGGGAUUGAGAGUCAAGGAGGUGUCCAGGCUUCAGGAGGAUGUGCUGGAUCUCAGGGCUAAACUCCACUCUGCUGUGGACAAAAGGGACAAGACGCAAGCAAAGCUCGAGGUUAUUGAGGCUUCCUGUACAGAACUUCGGGCCUUGACUGAACAACUGAAGAAGCAGGCAGAGGAGCAGAACCGAGUGCAUGUAAAUGAACUGUUGCAGGCCAGCGAAGAAGUAAAGGCUGUAACAUCUCAACUGGACCAAGAGACUUCCGUACGUAUUAAAAUAGCUGCUGAACUUGCCAUGUUACAAGAGGAGCUGGCAGACCUCAAGGCCCAGAAUGAAAGAUUGGUCCUGGAGAAUGCAGAAACCAGAGAAGGUCUCCACCGGGUUAACACUGAAAUGGCAGAGUUAGGAAUGACUAUUUGCCAGCUGACCACAGAGCGGGAAGAGGCCGGGGAACGCUGGGCUGCCAAAGAUGCUCGGAUCCAUGAACUGCAAGAACAAGGAGUGAAGGAAACUGAGAGACUCAAUGCCAGCAUGGUGGCUCUUCGACAGGAAAACACAAGUCUUCAAGAAGAACUCCACCAAGCAGAGACAUUUUCAGAGGCUUUGCUGGACAAAACUAAGGGUGAACAAAAUGCUGCUCGAGAAGAGAUCGCAGCAGUGAAAUUUCAGAGGAGCACAGAGAGCAUGACCCACAAGAACCAGAUUAAGAGUCUUAAUGAAGAGCUUGAGGGUUUGAAAUCACAACUGAACAUGGAGAAGAAGAAGACAUCUGAGCUGGAGGCGAACUUAUCAGAGUUAGAGGGAGUAAAUAUGGAAUACUCCCUUCUAAUCGAGGAGAAAGACUCCCACAUUACUAAUUGUGAGACUUUGAUCCAUGAGAGGGAGUGCAACACACAGCAACUUCAAGAAAGUGUAACAAGGACCAAAGAGGCUCUUAGUGAAUUACAGAAGGAGAAGGAAAAGUUAAAGAAGAGUUUGGAUCAGGUGCUGACAGAUGCUCAGAACCAGCAUCUCAGAAUGGCUGCUGAACUGGAGGAUCUUGGCCAAACCAAAAGUAACCUUGAGGAACGGCUCAUUGAACUUUUAAAGGAUAAGGAUGCUCUGUGGCAGAAAUCGGAUGCUCUGGAGUUUGAACAGAAGCUCAGAUCAGAGGAACAGUGGUGGUUGGUGGAUAAGGAAGCCACACACUGUCUAGACUGUCAGGGUCAGUUCACAUGGUGGCUGCGGCGUCAUCAUUGCAGGUUGUGUGGCCGUAUCUUCUGUUACUACUGUAGCAGCAAUUUUGUGAUGACGAAAAACAGAAAGAAGGAGCGCUGCUGUCGAGAGUGUUACACGCAGCAUAGCGCCGUGGUGGAAAGAUUCACGAAGACCGAACUCAACAGCUCCACGGAGAAUCAACCACCACCUGAUGAAAACACUGCCAGGCAACCGCCACCCUAUAUACCCACACCCAGAGUUACAGUGACAGAUCCCAGUGAGAGACAGGAUGAUGGGGCGUUUGACAUCAUAACAGAGGAGGAAGUGAAUGAGAACUAUGACAGCGACUCACGCACCACUACUGGAUCACAAGAGGAAGAAGAUGGAGGGCCAACCGGAGACCCUAGUUUAUCGAGUGACAUGACCCCUGAUGAACAGGAAGAAUUGGUCUCUACUGUACAGGAUGCAGAAAUCAACCUCCUCAAGUCAGGAGAACUCACUGCCUCUGUGCCACUGGAUAUAGAUGAGAUUUCUCAAUUUGGUGAUGGUUCCCGUGAGCUCUUUGUCAAGUCCAGUUGCUAUAGUGCCAUUCCCAUCACCGUGGGCGACCGGGGGCCCAUCAUCAGCUGGGUUUUCUCUUCCGAGCCAAAAAGCAUCUCCUUUACUGUAGUGUACAGAGAGACGCUUGAUACACCUGUUGAGCAGGCCAAGGUUUUGAUUCCUCUGACACGUUGUAACUCGCACAAAGAGACCAUACAGGGCCAACUCAAAGUCCGCAACCCUGGAAUCUACACGCUCAUGUUUGAUAACUCCUCCUCCAGAUUUCUCUCCAAGAAGGUCAACUAUCACCUGACCAUUGUGAAGCCAAUAAUCUACGAUGGAAGUGACCACCCCUAGGCAUACUGUAGUUUUAUCGUAUGUAGCAUCCUAAUGUGUGAACAGUUGUAUUUUUAUUAAUCUCAAACCUGUUCCUGUGUGCCAUGAGUUUUAUAUUCUGUUGGGUUUUAUGGUUUAGUCUAGUAUAGCACCGGUAAAAUAUAAGUUAUCUGUCAAAAGAGGGUUGUGAAAGGUUUCCAGCAUAGGAACAGAACUGUUUGCUGUUAUUAUUUCAUUUUCUUUGUGAAUACAGUAUUUUAAAUGGAUUUUAUGCUUAGUUACACUUCAGAGGAAUAAAAAUAUAAAUAAUUUAAUAAUACAGAGCAGUUCUAGCAAACGUGGGUAAAAGCACAAAAAUUCCCGGUAAAGUUUUGCAAAAAUUGUGAGACAAUCACAAACUAAGCUUUAAAAAUGGACAUUUCAAACUGCUUAUGAUAGCAACAGCUCUGUGAGAGAAAGGUGACUGCUAAAAAGACUUGGCGAUGAUGAAUUGUUUGUUGUUUACAAAGAUAUCACACUAAAUUUCCACUACAGAUGUCCAUUAUCAUACUGCAUCCCCCGAAAUUACCAAGUACACAGAAAUACUGAGUCAACUGGGUAUUUUGGCACAUUUGAUCUAAAACACCAUUUCCCACAUCAGGUUAUCAACCUGUUUUUUGAAAAAAAAAAAAAAAGAAAA